AUGUUUGUUGUGCGACCCCAUAGCCCGCAGCCCGUAGCCGCCGCCCGCAGCCCAGUCCACAGCCCCAGCCCGCUGAUCACAUCCAGCUCGCAGUCCACAGCCCCCAACCCGCCCCGCCCCGCCCCAGCUGACCUCUCGCCGCAUCCCGAGUGCUGGGGGCUGCAUGGCGUCCUGGUGCUGCGAGGACUGCGUCGCCUCGCCGGCGUAGGGCUCAGGCCACUGGCGAGCUGGCCGAGACUCUGGCCACUGCCGCCCACACCCCAGCGGCCGCCCACACCUGCCAGCGGCCGCCACACCUGCCAGCGGCCGCCCACACCCUCCAACGACCGCCACACCCGCCAGCGGCCGCCCACACCCGCCCACGCCCACAGUAUUGUUGCCGUGUAUGAAACACCGGCCACACCCUCACCCUGGCCGGGGCGGCGCGGGGCAGCCGGCGCGGGGCCGAGGCGGGGCCGCCCCGGCAGUGGCCACGUGUACCAACAGCUGACAGCAUAA